AUGAUUGUAGCCCUCUUCCAGACCUUGGAGAACUGCCGACUGCGAAACACUCUUCACACUCCCGGAGUCUUGUUUCUGGUGCGAGUUGAGCUGUGUGUGUCCUGCCCCGACUUGGUGUUUAAUCGAACGGCUGCGUGUUCAAGGUUGUGGUGCAACUGGUCACCUCACCGCACACUACAAACCAGAGGGGGUGACGCAGUCAACACAAAGCUUGUUGCCGCCGGGUGCAACGUGAUCGCCCUCAGCCGCAAGGGGGCACCGGCGAAUGGAGGGUCUUGGGUGAAGUCCGUCAAGUGGGUAGAGGGCAACGCGCUGAACCAAGACCUGUACCGCGCCGAGCUGCGGCGAUCCGACACAGUGGUGUCCUGCGUGGGAGGGUUCGGGAAGACGGACGCUUACAUGGGGUUGGUCAACGGCGAGACCAACAUCAAGCUCGCCGAGGCCGCAGCGGACGCGGGGGUGAAACAGUUCGUGUUCGUGUCGGUACACGACUACAAGGCUCCGUCGGCCGUCAAGAAGGUGGGGUACUUCGACGGAAAGCGGCGGGCGGAGAAGCUCAUCGGCGAACUGUUCGGCGCGAAGGGCGUGAUCCUGAAGCCGGCGUUCAUCUACGGCUCUCGAGACGUGAAGCUCACCGGCCCCAAGGGCAAGGAACGCACGGUCAACAUACCACUGCAGCGUGUGGGGGGGCCGCUGGCCAAGAUUACCUCCACCGGCAUCGGAAAGCGAAUCGCAGGCUCUGGUCUUCCCCUCGCCGACGUUGCGUGGACCCAGCCGCUGAGCACCGCCGAGGUGGCCAAGUCCGCCGUAAGGUGCUGCCUUGAGGGCACGGACUCUCUGGGAGGGGGUAGGGGUAAGGACUCUGGGGAUGCCGUCGUCCUCAAGGUCCAGGACAUGGCUCAGAUGACGGCGUGA